GAGUACACCAUUGAUGUCUUCUUCCGUCAGAGUUGGAGGGAUGAAAGGCUUAAGUUUGAUGGGCCGAUGCAGGUUCUACCUCUCAACAACCUCCUGGCCAGUAAGAUCUGGACCCCUGACACCUUCUUCCACAACGGGAAGAAGUCUGUGGCCCACAACAUGACAACCCCUAACAAACUGCUGCGACUAGUGGACAACGGCACUCUGCUCUACACAAUGAGGUUGACUAUCCAUGCAGAGUGCCCCAUGCACCUGGAGGAUUUCCCAAUGGAUGCACAUGCCUGUCCCCUGAAGUUUGGAAGUUAUGCUUACACCAAUAAUGAGGUGAUCUACCUUUGGACCCAAGGGGACGAGAAGUCUGUCGCUGUGGCAGAGGAUGGCUCCAGGCUCAACCAGUACGACCUCCUGGGACACGUUAUUGGCAAGGAAACCAUCAGUUCCAGCACAGGAGAAUAUGUAGUGAUGACAACAUAUUUCCAUUUGAAACGGAAAAUUGGCUAUUUUGUGAUUCAAACCUACCUUCCGUGCAUCAUGACUGUCAUACUGUCUCAGGUCUCCUUCUGGCUUAACAGGGAAUCGGUUCCUGCGCGCACUGUUUUUGGGGUCACCACUGUCCUAACCAUGACCACCCUGAGCAUCAGUGCUAGAAACUCCCUGCCUAAGGUGGCCUAUGCCACUGCUAUGGACUGGUUCAUGGCCGUGUGCUAUGCCUUUGUCUUCUCUGCCCUGAUUGAGUUUGCUACCGUCAACUACUUCACCAAACGCAGCUGGGCAUGGGAUGGGAAAAGAGAGGGCAUGGAAAUAAGGGAACCGUUUCAGGCUAACAUGGCCAGGAUUAAAGAUAUGAGAAGAGAGUCUGCCACUUUGACCAAAAAGUCAAACAACACCUUCAACAUCGUCGGGACCACCUACGGCAUCAACGUGGCCAAGGACCAGGGUCUGACAACCAUCUCCAAGAGCGCCCCCGGGACAUCGGCAAAACACUCUUUCCUGCAUAGGUUCGACGACCCCUACACAGAGGCCAAGAAAUCCUACAACCGCGUCAGCAAAGUGGACAAGAUUUCACGCAUCAUUUUCCCAGUUCUGUUCUUCAUUUUCAACUUGGGCUACUGGGCUACGUACGUCAACAGAAAGCCCGCCAUCAUGAAGGCAAACAACCUAAACUGAAGAAACGCUAGGCUCGAUCUGGUUUGAUUUGGGGGUAGGCAGGUUUGCAGGAGGCCAAGUUCAUUACAUGAGUGUGUAUGUCUGUGUGUGCGCAUGUUUUGUGCUUUUUUUUUUUCCUUUAUAUUUUGUACGGCAGCAUAGAUUUGAAGCCAAACUUAGGCGUUCGAGCCACACGUAGCGGUGGGCCUAGGACGAGGCCCUCUCUCUCAUCAGCCUGUGUUCGCAUGGCGUUUCUUUGCUCCACUCCACCCAGCUCUAUCACGUGUAACCAAAUGUUUCCUUUCUUCUUCUUUUGCCGUAUUUUGAUUGCUUGCCGUUUCAUGGACAAGUCAGAUUUGUGCAUUUUCCUCCCCCCCCCCCCCCCCCCCCCCCCCCCCCCAUUUUGACAUGAUUGCUUGUUCUCAUAGAUUUGAACAAUCAUACAUUUUUAGUGUUUUUCCUCCUACCUUAUUAGAAGGUGCUGACACGUCCUUUGAGUUGACAAGACAUUCGCACACACACACACAUACACACACACAUUGUUGCCACAGAAGAUGAAAGCAGAGCCAUUCGAUGGUCGCGUUACUGAGCUCCGUUAGUUGUUGCCGGCCUGUAUAGUUUUCUAGGACCGUCAUUAAUAAUUGUCAGAGUCUGGCCUUCAGCUCCUGCUGAAUCUCAACAGCCACAGUGCAGUCUCACGGGGCCGCCUGUACACUUUCUAGCCCAUUGGUUCCUAUUGUUUUAACUGGCUGAUUAUGUUCAAUGACAGAUAAUAUAUGUGCCUUGGAAAAUACACUCAUCUCAAAGAAGAAACGAGAGGCAUGGACAUGCUCACACUUGUUUUCUACAACACAAAUAUGCACAAAGAUCAGUGUUUGUACCACAUGUUGACCAUCCUCCAUCGGCUCUUUCUGGCUCCGCCCACCCCUGACCAUUGACGAAGUCACCAGUGUAAAACUGCCUAUUAGCGUGCAAGGUUACCAAGAGAUUAUAUGUAGUUCCGAACAAUCAUCUUGCGUGUUUGUUUUAAUUCAUGGCACAUCGUCUCAGAGAGCUAAGUCAUAAACUACCACCAUUACCUCAGAGUGAAGUCAAACUCAAUCCUAGUUUAGAGCGUGCGUAUUCCGUUAGACAUUUAAAUCAAUAAAUUAGAGAUUUUAUGCCCUUGUUUUCUUUGUACGGAAGUCUAGAAAGGACCUGCUGAGAAAUUUACUGUUGUUAUUGCAACAUUACAAAGCUUGUUUUCUCAAUUUAACAAUUUUUUCUCAACUUAACCUCAAGUGUUAAAUUAGGGUUUUGAUGAAGUAUUGAAUCGACACUGAAGAACACUGCAUAGAACUGCCUUCACAUUUGUUUAUUCAAAGAAAGUAACAUUAAUUCUGUUUUCAUUGCUGGGAACAGACUUUAUGAUUAAAGAGCAAGUAAAGGGGAAAAAUAAAAAUGUAACAGUUAUUUCAAGCCCUUUUAAAGAUUCAGGUUGACAGAUAUUUACAGACGUUAUACUUGGCUCUUUUUAUUUAAACUGUUUUUACAUUAUUGUUGCACAGAUAAAUAUUUUUGGGAAAAAAACUACAAAAUAAUUUUAGCGACUUUGAUUUUCUAAAUAUUUUUGAGUCUUUUAAGUAAUUGUAACUCAACUUUUAAGAUGGAAUAUUCGAACAGCAUGCAUGUAGAUAAAUUGUCUCCCUGUACUUUGAUCCUUUAUAGAGGCCUUUAUACUUUAACAACUACACGUUUUAAAGCCAGCAUGGUUUGGCUCUAAAAAAAAGGGCAAAAAAUAAUGCAAGUAUAAGAUCGAAAGGCUGAAAACAUCCAUCAUUAAUCUUUUCAUCGAUGGUGAGACUGAAUGAUGAAACUGGAUGUAACAUUCGUUUCUGCACCAUAUACCAAGAACAUUUUGUUACACUGAGAAAACAAGUGUUGGUUUUGUGAUAAGAUGACUUGAGUAUGGUCUAAUCCAAAUGACUAUUGAUCAAUCUUGACUUUAAAAGCCGUGUUGUUUUUUGACUUAUCAGCUUAAGUUAUGGUCUUUUUUUCUACCAUUGCUGUGUGUGUGUGUGUGUGUGUGUGUGUGUGUGUGUGUGUGUGUGUGUGUGUGUGUGUGUGUGUGUGUGUGUGUGUGUGUGUGUGUGUGUGUGUGUGUGUGUGUGUGUGUGUGUGUGUGUGUGUGUGUGUGUGUGGUAUAUUGGUGUUAAUUUGAAUGUCUACAUGGUUUUGUAUUUCGUAGUAGACACUAGUGUGAAAUGGCUUCAUUUUAAUGAUCAUGCUGAAUAUUUUUGUCAACAUACCAGAUUCUUCUCCACAGCAGCAGGUAUUUGGGUUUUUUCUUUUAUGAGACAUUUUGUGAAAAAAUGUAUGUAUCUGUUGCAUUUUUGAUAUGUUUCCAUGGUUUUAUAGCAAAUAAAACUGUUUAGAUUGUUUGAUUUUCUCUAUGUUGGAUGCUGUGAACCUUUUUAAGUCCAGAUUGGUUGUUGUUUGGAACUUUCUGAAGGUUUUCAGGCGUAUCACGUACAGCGCACCAGUUAUUGUUUAAUCAUCAUCAUUUGUACAUAAUUGCACUUUGCAAACUCCAGCAGUGUUUUUUCACACCUAAAUAGGGCUUGGUAUCACGUGUUUUCUAGUCCAUCCUGUUCACUCUCACAUGCACACUACCAGCUGCAUAGACUCAAGCUCCAGUUAAUCUUGCAUACUGAUGGGGUGGUUGUACUUUGCAGCUGGAACAGCGAUCUGAAAGUGUUUUACCUCAUUUGGAGGCUGUUGGUUUAAUUCGUUGUGCAAAUGCAAGUCAUUUGAAUGUUUUAUGGAGCAUCAAUUGUAACAUAAGAUAUUGAAAUAAAACAGUUUAUUUAUUUUUAGAUAAUAAUGAUUCAAAAAAAGUAACAACAUUAAUUAAUUUACAUACUAUGUAUAUAUUUUAUUUUAAAUUGCCACAUUGAUAUUUAGAUAUUUUUAAAUCUUAAUGUAUUUUGAUUUGAUUCUAAAAUGUAUUUUUAACUUUAUUAUUUGGGUUUUUAAACAAUUUGACAUUACAUCAUAAUUUCCUGAAACAAAAUACUAAAAAGCUAUUUUUUGACACUCUAAAUAUGUCAAAAAUAGCUGUAAUUUUUAUUUUAUGCCUUACUUUAAUAUCAGCGCCCCAUUUAAGAAUGAUUAUAAAACAUUUAAAUCAACUAGUAACUUCAGGUUGAAUUUAUUAAAUUUCCAUUACAUUUAAGGUAACAAAUGCAGAUCAGGUAUUCAUUUAUGAAUAUUAUAUUUCAUUUCCACAUAAGUAUGGCUGUCAAAUAUAUUAAGUAUUGUUUGUAUGUUCACUUCCUUUUAUCUUGUGUGGAUCUUGUAAAACUAUGACAGCAAAACAUAAAGCACAUUUUUAUUUAAAUUUACUUUCAAAUUGUAGCAGGCAGAACAUUAGAUUAAAUAUUUAUAAGUGUUCAAUACAUUUAUCAGGAAAUUCAAUCUAAUUUAUAUUAAAUUUAAUCUUAAAGUAUCUAAAUCCUGUUUAACUCUCAGUCCAAAUCCCCAACAUUUUUAAUUCUGAUGCUGACGAUGUAAAGAUGUUUUUGUGGGUCAAGUAUAUUCAACAUUUUUCCGUUAAAGAACCAUUCCUUCUUUUCAAACCCCGUCUUUACAUUUUUUUUCCUCUAAAUAAUUGAUUCAUCAUACAUGUGCUAUUGGUGUAUAAAGCCUCUGGCUACAGCUAAUUCAGGAUGUGGUGAGGCACAGCUCUAAUGUUUAUGUAUGAUUCCUCAGACUAAUAGGACCGCGGUGCCAUAUGUAGGUAGCGCCGAACAUUCGCUGAUAAAGCUUUGCACUGUUUCUCAAAUAAUUCACCUCAAAGUCUCUUAAGUCAAGCAUUGUGAUGAUUUGUCAUAAAUAGGAUCUAUAUAAUACCUAAUAUAAAUGGAUGUUUUCUGUGUGUUAUAACGUUUAAAUGAUGCACAUGGAUUGGAUUUAAUGUCAUUUUCCAAACAUUAAAAAAAUCUAAUUUGUGAGUCAAAAUAACGAUUAAGAUCAUUUUUUAGAAAAAUCAACAGAAUUAAAGAACUGAUUAGCUACUUUGUGAGUGCUUGAGUUAGCCUCACUGACAUAACUAGGCAUUGGAACCAAAACGCCCCCUAGUGGAUGGCUCCAGAAUGAAGACUGGGUCACAUCGCCUCUAUUAAAACAAAGUGGACAACAUGUUCUCACUGAGUUCGUCAUUAUGUAUUUGAUGCACAAUAAAGACCACAGCUGCUUUGGGGGUGGUUGAGGACUCAGACUCCGUCUCCAGAAAUACAACAUGGCGGUCUAUAAAUAAGAUAUUCUGGCUUCUUUUUUUCACAACAGAAGAAAGCAGAGACGAUUUUUGUAGUUAUUAAGUCAUGGGUUUGGCUUUGGGUGAGAACACGAUGACAUUUUAAUAAAAAGCAAAGCAGAUUUUGUGUUUCUUGUGUUAAAAACAUUUGCGCACUUAUAUUUUUUGUAUAUUUGUUUAUUGUUUAUUCAUUUAUUGUGGAGGACAGAUAAUCGCAGACGUAAUCAAAUUAGAAAUCAGUCAUUAGGGACAACAAAAGCUUAACAUUCUGGUUUGUGAUUAAACUGAUGAAAAAAUUAAUUAGCGACUAAGUUGCAACAACAGUUGUUUCAGCCUACACGAAGGUGUUGUAAAUAACCAACUUAGUGUUACUUCAAACUAAAUUUAAGAUUUUGCAUCUCCGACCACUUUUAAAAACGUGAUUUUAACAUCAAAGUUUACUCUUAUAUUCACACUUAUGUGUUUAGGAGGCCAAAAAGUGAGGUAGAACACUUUCAGGGCUGCACAACAAAGAUCACUUCAGUGGAUCAAUCAGAACAGAAACAUCCACUCUUCUCUGAUUGGUGUCUGAAAAAUAAUGGCCUAAAAAAUUUUCAUAAAUUGUAGCAAAAAGUGGGAAGUUUUUGUCCGUUUUAACUACAAACACAGUAAAAAUCAUGCUUUAAGAGAAUGCAUGCACACUUAGGACAAACUUUUGUGGAAAUCCUUUUUUUUUUUUUUCCAUUUGCUGAAAAUGCCAUUCAGGUUUGGGUGUGAUUGUAUUAUUCAUGUGGUCUUUUUCUUACAGGGCCAGAGUUAAUAAGACUAUAAACAUGCCAUCCUACACAGUGAGAUACAGUAUAUUAAGAGUAUAAUACUAUAUGAAUAUAUUUCUGCUAUUUAGAACAGCAUUAAAUAUCAUUUUGUACGACGUAACCUCAGCAGUGACGCAAAUCUCUUGCUGCAUAGAAAGCCGUAGACUAAUCGAUCGACUAAAUAAAUACUAAUGGCAACAAGUUGUUCAGAAGUGUUACCAAGUUGUGAAUUUGUAGAUAUUGUGAAAUCAAUUCCAAUAGUUUGUGUGAAUAUUGAUAUAUCAUGUUGUUUAUUUUUACACCAGAUAAAUGCCGCAGAGCUCUGUAACACUACGUGUUACGGGAUUAUAAUUCAAGAACCGUAGAAGUCAUUUUAAAUUGAGCUACUUACAGGAUCAGUGAGUCGUGUGAACUUUUCAAACCUAACUGUGAAUUAGCAGCUGUCUGCAAAAGCUGAGUUGUCCUCACUGUGUUCUCCUUCCAGCGAUUCCACUGCAUGUCCCUACGCAUUGAGAGAUCAAAGACUUCCUCCACAAAGACAGCUCUGGGAACUUUGUGGACUUGGUGUUUUGACUGGGAAGUUGCUCUCUGUAUGCUCAGUGACUGGACUCUGUAUGUUGCACUCUCUCGUUCAUGUGCUUACUGUAUAAGAUGUAGCAAAUGGAGUUGGAGAUUAAAAGGAUGAUGUAUUUUG